AUGAAGCUGGUAUUCGCAGGGGCUCUGCUCUCCCUCCUGGCCGGGCACAGCUGGGCAGACACCCGGGCCAUCGGAGCUAAGGAAUGUCCCCGCAACUCACAGCCCUGGCAGGCUGGCCUCUUCUUCCUCGGCCGGCUCUUCUGUGGGGCAACGCUCAUCAGUGACCGCUGGCUGCUCACGGCUGCCCACUGCCGCAAGUCGCACCUGUGGGUCCGUCUCGGGGAGCACCACCUCUGGCAGUGGGAGGGUCCAGAGCAGCUGUUCCUGGCCAGAGACUUCUUCCCCCACCCCGGGUUCAACAGCGACCUCAGCGCCAAUGACCACAACCAUGACAUCAUGCUCAUCCGGCUGCCCAGGCGGGCGCGCCUGGGGCCUGCAGUGCGGCCCCUCAACGUCAGCGAGACCUGUGUCUCCCCGGGCACUAAGUGCCUCAUCUCAGGCUGGGGGGCGGUGUCCAGUCCCAAGGUGCAGUUCCCGCUCACGCUGCAGUGCGCCAACAUCAGCAUCCUGGAGCCCACACUCUGUCACUGGGCAUAUCCGGGCCACAUCUCGGACACCAUGAUCUGUGCCGGCCAGUGGGAAGGGGGCCGAGGCUCCUGCCGGGGUGACUCUGGGGGCCCCCUGGUUUGCAACGGGGCCCUAGCGGGCGUGGUGUCUGGUGGCAGUGAGCCCUGCUCCAGACCCCGGCGACCCGCCGUCUACACUGGUGCAUGCCACUAUUACGACUGGAUCAGGAAAACCAUAGAGGAAAACUGA